AUGUUGGACUCUACCAAUGUUUGGUUCAUUACGGGCUGCUCAUCCGGUCUGGGCAAAUCUCUUGCUACUACAGUCCACCAAGCAGGCCACAAACUCGUCGCAACAGCCCGCAAUAUCAACUCUCUCAGCUACCUUCCCGACGAGCCCAACGUCCUUAAACUCUCUCUCGAUGUCACAUCACAAGAUGACAUCAAAAGCAGCUUCGAUAAAGCAGUAGAGAAGUUCGGACAAAUCGACAUCGUGAUCAACAAUGCUGGAUACGUCGUCAUGGGUGAUACGGAAGCCAUUCCUGAAUCAGAUGCACGACUAGAAAUGGAAACCGUCUUUUGGGGUCCUGUUCGGAUUACCCUUGAAGCCGCAAGGGUCUUUCGAGAGGUUAAUCCUGCCGGAAGAGGUGGGACUGUUAUUCAGGUUUCUUCUAUUGGGGGGUAUAUCACCUUCCCUGGGAGCUCGUUUUAUCAUGCAGGUAAACAUGCCAUUGGGGGAUUCACUCAAUCCUUUGCCAAAGAGCUUGAUCCGAGUUGGAAUAUCAAGUUCAUGGUCGUGGCUCCUGGUGGACUGAAGACCAAUUUUCCUGCUAAUGCACAGCUUGGAGGCAGACAUCCUGCUUAUGAUUAUCCAACUAGUCCGUUGAAUCAGCUUAUGGAGUUUAUGAUGAAUCCGGAUAUUCAGAAGACUUUCGCUGAGCCGGAUGAUUGUGCGAAAGUUCUUUUUGAUGUAGUAGUUGCUCAGGAUGAGAGAAAGUUACCGACGAGGUUCUUGAUGGGUGCGGAGACUGUUCCGAUUUUUGAGGCUGAGUACAAGAAAGAUGCAGCCGAGAUGGAGGAUUGGAAGGAGGAGACGCUGAAGUGUACCCAGAACGAGGGAGUAAAGGACAUCCCUGGUUUUUAA